AAGUCAAAAUGAUUUCAAUCCUAUUGAUGUCGAAUCUUUUUCUGGCUGUCGUGGCUCUAGAUUUGAUGCCCUACCAAGUGCUACGUGAACUUAAUUUCGCCUUUCAAACUGAACUCAAUGUGCUGGUCGAUAUUGAGGAUUCCUUCGUCGUCCAGGACUCUAGUACGCCUAAAAUCCAACUUUCCUCGAAGUCUAGCGAAUCUUUAAAUCUUCGCCUUCGUGGAAACUUCACCAGCCAAGCCCUAAUUAUAGUACAACUAAUGGACUUUGGAUUGGAACCCAAAGUGGCUGAUUUCCUGCCUCUACUGUUGGAUCGCCUCAACGAGCUGCAUAUAGUAUUUCUAACCAAGAAGGAUCCUGAAUUUCUCCAAAAGCAGCUUUAUACCUACUGUUACAAGGAGGGCUUCAUCAAUGUGAUUCUGUUACAUGACGAUCGUCUCUACAGCUAUUUACCGUACCCAUCGAUUCAACCAAUUAAAUUAGCAAAUGUCAGCGAAUAUUUAAAGAGAGGAAAAACAAUUCGAAAUUUUAAAGGAUUUCCCGUUCGCAUAAUUCGAAGCAGAAUACCUCCUCGUGAUUUUGAGUAUUACAACGAUCGGAAUGAACUGGUCCGGCGAGGAUAUCUAUUCGCUGCCGCUAAUGAGUUCAUAGAGCGAUACAAUGCCUCACUUAAGAGUGUAUCGAUAUCUGAAGAACCUAAAUCGGAUUACGAAGGGUAUCUCGUAGUGAUAAGAAUGUCAUUACAGAAAGAGGUCGACUUGAUUUGUUACUAUAAAGAUCUGCAAUUAGAGUGGGAUAUUCCCUACACAGAGCCACUAUCGAUCUUGACGUCAUACUUCAUAGUUCCUCAUGCCAGACCCAUCUCCAGUUAUCUCUACUACUCGCGACCCUUCCGAUGGUCUCUGUGGCUAGUCGUAGCCUUCACUGUCUUCUAUGGUGCCCUGAUGCUGUAUCUUGGUUCUGGACGAGAUCAUACCGAGAUCGGCAAAUGUCUGCUGUACAGUCUAAGCCACAUUCUAAAUACGUGCAAUCAAGCCAUAAGGACUGCGGGCUGGAGGGAUCAUCUGAUCCAUGUGAUCCUUACUCUUGGUGGCUUCAUGCUCACCAAUCUAUAUCUGGCUACGCUCUCCAGCAUCCUGACAUCGGGCUUGUCCGAGCCACAAUAUAAGACCAUAGAGGAUCUAGCCGAUGCCCCCUAUCCCAGUGUGCACGACGAGUUAUUCUUAAAGCAAGUUCGGGAAAAUACCUUUCUGCCCGAGGCUCUGCGUCUAAAGGCCGUGACCAUUAACGUCACCUUGAUGAAGGCUUAUCGCGAGAAUCUCAACAGUAGUUAUAUUUAUUUAUCAUUCGAGGACCGCUUGGAGCUGAGCCUGAUGCAGCAGGAUCUCUUAAAGACGCCGCGUUUCGAUGUGAUCCGCCAGGGUGUGACCUACAGUCUCGAAGGAUUUUAUGUGUCCAGGAGCUUGCCUUAUCUGGGACUGGUUAGCGAGUUCAUGUUCCGACUCCAGGAGCAUGGGAUAAAUAUGAAAAUGAAGAAGGACACCUUCUGGGUAAUGAUAAAGCAAAAGAUGUAUACACUAAUGCGGGAUGAGGAGCCUCCGGCCAAGGCCUUUGAUCUUCAGUUCUACUACUUUGCAUUCGCAUUGUGGUUUGUUGGAUUAGCGAUAUCCUUGCUUAUUUUCUUUGUGGAAAUCUACUACUCAAGAUUUUCAGGGUAAAUAUGGUAAUAACAUGUAAUAUUGUUUCGUUUUGACUUCAAUCAGUAAAUAAUUUUUAAAUUUGAA